CUACCUUUUACUGUCUAAAAUAAUACCAAAAAAAAAGAAAAAGAAAAACCUAACACAACACAAUUAGCUCCAAUAUAUCCCAUGUCUCAUUGUCUGUCAUCCAAUUCCAAACUCUCCUCCCCAUGAAAUGCUCUAAGUAAUCACUCAAAGGGCUGUCUCUCUUCUAAAGCUAAUAUCUGAAAUUAAUGGAGAGAAUCUUCUUCUCCAUGUUAAUCUUCCUCUUCCAAUUCUUCUUGCCUUCACAGUCUGCAACAAUCAUGGUGGGUGGCGUUUCACACUGGGAAAACCCUACUGUUCAUGUUGGAGACUCAGUAAUUUUCAAGCAUAAGUAUCAGUACAAGCUCUACAUUUUCCAAAACAAAAAUGCCUUCAUUCUCUGCAAUUUCACCCAAGCUUCCCUUCUUACCAACCCCAACUCCUCCUCCUAUGAGUGGCACCCUUCUCGCACUGGUUUCUUCUACUUUGCUUUCAACAAUGGCACUCUCAAAACAUGCCGAGGCUCUCAAAAGCUCUCCAUAAAAGUCACUCCGGCAGAAAAUGAGAGAACCUCAUCACCGGAAUUGCCUCCAGCAGCGGCUCCGGCACCAACUUCCGGUGGAACAGUGGUGUCAUCUUCAUCUCCAACAUAUCCAUGGCCAUUUCGGCCUCGCCAGGCGGUUUCACCGUCACCAAGUGCCAGCUCACCGGUUGCAGUACCAACACUGGUGCCGGAUAAAGGUGACGAGGGCAUCCCUUUUAUCAACAGUAACCCUGCAGUUCCAUUGCCGACUGGUGAAGUUGAUUCUGCCACUAUUCGACCUUUGCCAACCUCUGAUCAUGGCGGAAAGGCAGUGGUGGGGAUCCUAACAGCUCCAAUGGCUCUAUUUUCCAUGGCUUUCCUAGCUUUGUAAAAAGGGGGGAAAAAGAAUGGUUGCCCAAAUUUGUUGUAAAAUUUAAUAUAUAUAAUUUGUUGUAGAAUUGAAUUAAUUUGAGUGAUUAGAGGAUAAAAUUAGCUUUAAUAUUUAUGAGUAUUAUAGUGAAGGUAUUGUAAUGUGAAAUGGGUAUGUAUGCAUGCACCCCAAAGUUCAGACCCUGCUUUGGCAAUCAUUUGCCACUUUAGGUCUUUUUGUUUUGCCAUGCAA